UGGUGUAGUACUGGUGCAUUCUGUGUCCUCAUAAAAAGUACACUAUUUCCUCAAAUUGGCAAGUCAGUGGUACGUUGGCAGAUGAAGUUAAUUUGCUGAACAAUAUGCCAACUUCAUCAACUCCUCCGAUAGUCUAUGAGACCGACUUGGAGCCUAUCUAUUACCAAGACUGUUACUGCCAUAAGGAAUUAGUAUUCUGUAAAAACUGGAAGUUUGGCGGCGAAAUUUUCAAAUACAAUUCCAGCGGAACAAAUUCUUCUAUAAGAAGAGUACAAUUUGAUUGUUGUGUGUACAAGGAUCAGGAGAUUGACGAGGAAAUGUCUGAAAAAGUGAAGACUUUCAAGGGUACCUUGGACCCAAGGCAAGUUGUGCAGAAUAACUGUUUCCAGCACUUGAGCCCAUUAUACUCAAAAUUCUGCGAGCAUUACGGUCAUAUGAUUGGCUUCUUCUGGAAUUCACUCAAGGAUACUGUAAUGGCUUAUGACAUUGCUGAUGGCUUAUUCCAAGAAACCAAAGACUGCGGCUGUUGUCUAUUCCACAAAGAUGUCUAUUUGACAAAUCACAUUUUUUUCGAGAAGUCUCAUCGUGAUGAAUAUGGGCAGACUAUAAUUUGCAUGGACAUCAAUUGGCAUACGAAAGAGCACGGAAAAAUGAGCAUUUUCUUCAAUUCCCAAGGGUUUUUUGGAGAGUAUCGAUGGAACAGGGUGGCCCAAUGUUUCAAGCUUAUGAAGCAAUUGGAUGUGAAAACGACUGAGUAUGAGGUGGCGGAUCGGACAGAUGAUGAGAAAAACUGGAGCUCUUUUUCAUAUGAUGCCAUUCAUUUUCUUGAACAAGAGUAUCGAAAAACAAAAUAUAUUAGCUCAACUGAUUGUCAAAAAAUUUCCGAAAAGAUUCACUUAGACGAAGAGCUGAUUGAGAAAUGGUUCAGAGCUCGCCGAGCAACUUCAAAACGAGAGGCGAAUUCAAACGAGGACAUUUUCACCUCACAAUACCAGCAAACAAAACUUACUAUGAAAGAUGGAACUGAAGGCUAUUUUUUGCGAAAAAAUCACGAAUAUUUCAAGAAAAUCGUUGUAACAGUUGGUUUUUCGGAUGGAAGUGUAAAGCCAUGCGUCUGGAUUGAAAAGAUCAGUGAAUAUCAAAUAAUUGAUCAGGAAACUUGGCGGCUGAAAUUCGAAAAUUCUAGAGUUAUGGCGAUAGAUGCAGAGGCAAGGGAACAGGUGCACAGGCAGAGGAAGCUGAACUCAAAUGAGAAGAGAAAAGAAGAAGAAGCUGAAAAUGAGCAAGAAAAGUUGUUCAAGGAAAUGGCGGAGCUGGAAAUUCAGAAUUAUAGAAUAUUGCCUAAUUCAAGCGAUAAAAGGUUAGAAGAGCAUGAGCUGAAAACUCAAAGCAGCACAUUGCCGAAGCCAUGUGCUCAUGCUCAAGCUCAAGCUCAUGCUCAAGCUCAAGCUCAUGCUCAAGCUCACGAAACUAAUGACAACUGGCCUAAACUAAUGACAGAGCUAUUUCGAGCCUUAUUACAAGGGCAAUCGCUAACUCAGCAGCAUAUGCAACGGCUCGUUCACUUGAGAACGCAGCCUGAUUUCAACAGGAGAAGCUAUGCUGGUCAUGAGCUGACGGCGAUGGAAAUGGAAGCUCUGAAGCAACUUCUGAACCUCUUGAACGGGAAAGAGAUGCCGACAGGAAAGAAGGAGGAAGUGGAAGGAUCUGGACUAACAAUUAGUGAAGCUCAUGGCACAGUUGGCUCGCCGAUGUUGAUAGAAAAGAAGGAGGAGCUGGAAGGAUCCUUAGAGCAUCAGCCUACGAUGGCAAAUGAAGAGAUUGACCAGAAUCUGAAGGAGGAGACCACCACGAAACCAGAAUAUAGGAAAAAGCUUCGAAUGAGCAAACGUAAGCAAAACGAGUUACUACAAAAGUUAUGGUUGAAGGAGAAGAACACAGAAAACACUCACGCCGAAAAAACUAAUCAGGAAAAGAAAUUGACUGAAAAUGCUGUACAAGAGCAAUUGGAGCAAAUGAUGAAAAUGAUACAGGAAGAGAGAAGAGCCGCAGACAGUAAAAACCUUAAAUUAGAGCAGAUGGUGCUGGAAAUGAAGGAUAAACUGGAUGCACAAGAGACACGAAUCAAGGAGUUGGAGGAGGUCAUCAAAAGCGAUAAGAACGCUAAGAAAGGCGAGCAGUUGACCGAUCCUACGGAGCCCCAAUAUACUGAAGCUCCAAAUGCAGAAGUCGGCCAUAAAUCGAAUAUUAGUAGCUCAAUCGGAAAUGACGUUGAUCUUCUGGAAGAUGAUUCGGGAGAAGAUUAGAUUCAUGGCAACUGACCAUAAAAUCUAAUACUUCGAAUAUAUUCAAUUUAAAUUAUUCUCACAAUACAUGUUUUUAAAAUACACCCUACUUGUUGAUAAAUAAAUUGAAUCUUGAUUACAA